AUGAAGGGAAGUGAUGAUACUGAAUAUUCUAAGACAAGCCCUUUGGAGAGAAAUGAUGAAGAGGAAGAAAGUGAGGCAAAAAACAAAGCCUGCAGGAAAAGAUAUGGAGGAAGCUCAAGCAACAGCACAGUCGAAGAGGGCGAGAAGAAGACAUUGGUAAGGCCUUAUGUUAGAUCUAAGAUGCCUAGACUCCGGUGGACGCCUGAUCUUCAUCUGCGCUUUGUUAAUGCUGUGGAAAGACUUGGAGGACAAGAUAGAGCAACUCCAAAAUUAGUGCUUCAAUUGAUGAAUAUCAAAGAGCUAAACAUUGCUCAUGUCAAGAGUCAUUUACAGAUGUAUAGAAGCAAGAAAAUUGAUGAGCCCAACCAAUGGAUGGUAGAUCACCGGCUUUUUAUGGGAGGCGCAGACAAGAAUAUCUACAAUCUAAGCCAACUCCCUCUUCAUUCUACCUUCAGAUUUGGAGAUUCUUCUUGGAAUAAUUAUGGAAAAUGGAUACGUAACUCUACUAUGAGGCAGAAUCCAAUUAAUGAGAGGAUCUUGGGCUGCAGCGGUCAAUAUAGGAAUGAGUCCUGGCUAGUCCGAUCUAGACAAAACCCUAUUGAGCAAACCAUGAAUCCCCAAAGGCAGACAACGCUAAAAAGAAAGGCGCCCGAGUGUGGCCUCGACUUGAAUUUAUCGCUUGGGAUAGAAUUAAGGGAGGAUGAUCAAAGGCAGCAAGGUUUAAUGUACGAUGAAAACAUCCUGUCAUUAUCAUUGUACACUGAUCCAUCCUGCUCGAAGUUUAAGAAGUUGAAAGAAGAUGAGAGUACUAAAAUUGCAAGAGGGGCGAGUACUCUGGAUCUGACUCUAUGA